AUGGAGUUCAACCUUGACUUCUUGUUCAGUCAGCGUUCCUUCUCCCGGUCAGCACGGAUAGCAGCUUGCACCCGCUGGAUCCGGAGGUCAGGUUUGUCCUUCGGCUGUGUCCUCUUUCCCAGCAAGUCCUGGGCUGAAACUCCUAGCGAGGCUUCUGUGAGUGCCAACUUGUAUCGGAAACAAGAGGUCGUUCAGGGUGUCCUUUACCACGAUGAUGAGGUGCAACUGCUGCAGAUAGCUCUGACACCUCCUAUGCUGUCGGGACGUGCGUAUUUGAAGCAGAAGCAGUUUGACUCUAACAAAAGUUUCUGGCUGCAGAUCAUCCUGUGGGGUCGAACUGAGAAAUGCCUGAAGGAGACCACAGAGGAAAUCAGGAUGAUGGGGACAGAGUGCCAUUAUUUCAUCUGUGAUGUGGGAAAUCGAGAGGAGGUCUAUCGGCAAGCCAAAGCUGUGCGGGAAAAGGUGGGUGAUAUCACAAUCCUGGUGAACAAUGCUGCCGUGGUCCAUGGUAAGAGCCUGAUGGACAGCGACGAUGACGCACUGCUCAAAUCGCAGCAUAUAAACACCCUGGGACAGUUCUGGGAAGGAUUUUGGGGGCUUUUUCUGCACAAACUUGGCCUGUUUGGAAUCUUUCAGGAAAUGAUAAAGCAGCAAGAUUCCCUGCCAAGGAUGCUGGAGUUGCAGAAUGGACACAUUGUUUGCCUGAACUCUGUCCUGGCCUUGUCAGCCAUCCCUGGGGCCAUUGACUACUGCACCUCCAAAGCCUCGUCCUUUGCCUUUAUGGAGAGCCUGACCCUGGGGCUGCUAGACUGCCCUGGAGUGAAUGCCACCACAGUCCUGCCCUUCCACACCAGCACAGAGAUGUUCCAGGGCAUGAGAAUCAGGUUCCCUAAUCUUUUUCCUCCUCUCAAGCCAGAGACAGUGGCUAGGAGGACAGUAGAAGCCGUUCAGCUGAAUCAAGCUUUCCUGCUCCUUCCAUGGACAAUGCAUGUUCUUGUCAUCCUAAAAAGCAUUCUCCCUCAGGCAGCACUUGAAGAAAUUCACAAGUUUUCUGGAAGUUACACCUGCAUGAACACUUUUAAAGGACGAACAUAGACUUGAUGGGGCAAGGACUGUUCUUCAGCGAAACCAACACAAGCAUGAAAAUCCUGACAAGGCUGUGAAUCAGCAGUCUUGGCUUUUAGCCUGUUCAUGUGACUUGCGCUGCUCUGAGGCAACACAUUUCUUGCAGGGCAUAUCCAUAGUAACAUGACCUUUGCACAGGAUUGAAUGACUAGACUAUGGACCCUUGGAAGGAAAAAGAAAAGUGUGAAAUGUUUAUAUGAUGUUUAAUUCUUUAGAGAUCAACUGUUAAAUCUACUCAUAGUUUUAAGAUGUAAUUUUUGUUUCUGAAGUGUCUGUAGGCUGUCUCAGCUGCGAGGCAGCACAUCACACCCCAUCCUUUUUCCCCUCUUCUCAGAGGAACUGCAAUUACAAACUGCUACUGGUUUCAUUUCAGCUUUUUGAAGGGGGAACGUAAAAAAUACUUCAAAGAACUAAAAGUUACGGACAU